AAAAGAGGCGGCGGGAAUCUCCGAUUCUCCGGCCACGUAUCCCUUUCCCUCUCCGACUCGAUAAAGCCAUCCCAUAAACGUGGCAGAACACUAUAGGUCAAUUCCCAGAAUUUUAAAUUUAAUUUUUUUUGUGCAAAUAAUUUCUUCCGUAAAAGAAAAAGUAAAAAAGUUUCAGGUAUAUAGCAGAUUAAUAAACCCUCACUUCCUCAAAAUCUCUCAUUUCAUUCUCAAUCGUAGAGAGAAAUCAAUAGUCGUUGUGUAUUUGGUUGGUGUAUACGUAAUCACGUAUGCGUGUGUUUGUGUAUAUGUUUGUUAAUAGAUAGAUAGAUAGAUAGUUGUAGUUUGAUUGGAAUUGGGAAUUCGUCGGGGGUUGUGGGGGUGUGGUGGCGAGUUUGGAUUGAUUAAUUGAUGGAUUGAUUGAUCGGAUCUUGGAUGUUUUUUGCUGUGACCGAAUUGGUGUGGGAUUUGAUCUGCAUGAGCGGUGGAACGGCGAGUCAGGAAUUGUUGUUGUUGUGAAGGUUUUGUGGUGGUGGAAUAUCCACAACAUGUCUGCCAUAGUGUGCGGCAAGAGAUCAAGCAUCUUCGAGGAUUUGCCGUCAUCGUCGCCGUCGUCAGCAGGAUCUCCGUCGUCCCCUCCGAGCGCGAAAAGGAUCCGCUGCUCGUCUUUCUCUCCGCCGAGGUCCGCCGCCGCCGCCAAUUUAUUCUCGGCUGCUUCCUGGACAUCGGUUUCAACGCCGCUUGGUUAUUUGGUUGCUCGCUUCCCUAGCAUGGACAAAGAGUUGCUGGAAAAGGCACUUCACGAAUGUGGUAAUGAUCUUGAUUCUGCUAUCAAAAGCCUAAAUGAGCUUUUCUUGGGGUCUGGUGAGAAUAUGGGCUCAGCUACAGGGAAUCCUGAUGCUAGCUUGGAGGCCAGCACACAGAUUUUAAAUCAAGGUAACUCAACAAGUAAUGGGGAUGAUGGCACACCUCAAGAGCAACCAUCUGCAAAUAAACAACCUCCCAUCAAUAGGGAAAAAUUUGUUGAUAUUUUUGUUAGAGAAAUGACGAUGGCCUCCAAUAUAGAUGAUGCUAAAGCCCGUGCUUCACGAGCUCUUGAGGUUUUUGAGAAGUCCAUUUAUGCGAAUGCAUCUGAAACAGCCACUCAGAGUUUCCAGCAGGAGAACCUGAUACUGAAACAACAGCUUGAAGCCUUAUUACAGGAGAAUAAUAUUUUGAAACGGGCUGUUUCCAUACAACAUGAGCGGCAGAAAGAAUUCGAGGAAAGAGGCCAAGAAGUGAACCAUUUGAAGCAGCUCUUGGCUCAAUACCAAGAGCAGCUUAGGACUCUCGAGGUUAACAACUACGCCCUUGCAAUGCACCUCAAACAAGCACAACAAAGUAACUCCAUGCCGGGGCGAUUCAACCCAGACAUCUUUUAGUGUGUAUAAUGUGAGCUUGGCCGUGGUAGAUUGCCUAGCAACCACGUACUCAGUUGAGCUAAGUAUUUACUAUUUACGUAUGCUUUAGUUAGCCAUCAUUUGGUAGAUUGCCAUUGCGGUCUUCUAAGGCAAAGUGUGAUUGUCAUCUGACUUAACUGGUGUGUUUAUUUGCAAUUAGUUGCCUUUAAUUUUAUCAAUAAAUACAUUGAAAUAUUUCCAGGAUCGCUU